CAUAUCACCGCCAGCCCACGUCACCUUCACUCCAACACAUUGAUGACUGGAGACUCCAUACACUGCUCACAGAUCUUGCUCGUUACUGAACGGCACCAUAGAACACCGAAUCCGCGCCGCAUCGCCCUCUCCACUCCAGAACAACGCAGACACUAGCCCUGCCGCCCCUGCAUAGACCUUCACCGCGCAUUUCCCCCGCCGCCAAGACUUCGACCGUCUCUUUCAAACAUCACCUACGUCCACCCGCGCCCUGCGUUUCGAGCAUCUUGAGCCUUUUCCUACUCCAGUGCAUGGUCGCCGUUGGUGGCGCUUGCGCAUGAUUGCUGAAACACCACCAUGAGCAACAUACUGACGGACCGACAAGCAGAAGAGCUAAAUAAAGCCAUAUUAGCAUACCUUGGGGUGAUUGGGGCGACGAACGCAGCAACUGCCUUGCGUCAGGAGGCCAAUAUCCCAGAAUCUUUUGACGAUGCCACCCGGAAGAAGUACGAGGGUCUUCUCGAGAAGAAAUGGACCAGCGUGGUGCGAUUGCAAAAGAAGGUCCUAGAGCUGGAGCAGCGAAAUCAGAGUCUCCAGAACGAGCUGGAUUCAACGACACCCACAUCUCUCCUCCGCAGAAACCAAGAUCCAACGAGCUGGCUACCACGAGCUCCCGCGCGGCAUACAUUACAAUCCCACCGGCAACCUGUCACAUGCGUGGCCUUUCACCCUAUUUUCUCCUCCCUUGCCUCGGGAUCGGAAGACACCACAAUCAAGAUAUGGGAUUGGGAAUUGGGCGAAUUAGAGAGGACAGUGAAAGGGCAUACGAAAGGGGUUCUGGAUGUUGAUUUUGGUGGUCCUAGAGGAGGAACGCUGCUGGCGUCCUGUUCAAGCGACCUGACGAUAAAGUUAUGGGACCCAUCCGACGAGUAUAAGAACAUUCGAACACUCCCAGGCCACGAUCAUUCCGUCUCAGCGAUACGCUUCAUACCCAGUGGGGCAGCGGGCUCCCCCCAAUCUGGAAAUCUGUUAGUAUCCGCUUCAAGAGACAAGACAUUGCGCGUUUGGGAUGUGACAACUGGAUAUUGCGUAAAGACUAUUCGGGGGCACGCGGACUGGGUACGAGAUGUCACGCCAAGUUUCGACGGUCGCUGGUUGGUGUCGGCGGGAACAGAUCAAACCGCAAGGCUCUGGGAUGCAAGCUCCGGAGAGGCGAAGUGCACCUUUUUAGGCCACGAGCAUGUCGUGGAAUGCGUCGCGAUAGCACCUCCAGUUGCAUACUCGCACCUGGCCUCAAUGGCGGGCCUCAAGAAGGCACCACCCCUCAGCAGCUCCGCGGAAUUCAUUGCGACGGGAUCAAGAGAUAAGACAAUAAAGAUUUGGGAUGGGCGGGGGACGCUGAUCAAAACGCUGGUCGGCCACGACAACUGGGUGCGUGGUCUCGUCUGGCACCCCGGUGGCAAGUACUUGCUUUCCGCGAGCGACGACAAGACGAUACGCUGCUGGGACCUUACCCAAGAAGGUCGUUGCGUAAAAACGGUCGAAGACGCACAUGGCCAUUUCGUCAGCUGCAUUCGGUGGGCACCAAAUGUCAUCAAGGAUGUACCGGGGGAUGCAGCAAAUGGCACCACAGUCAAUGGCACGACAAAGAGGAAGGAAGAGGAAGCUGCCAAGGCCACCAUCCGGUGUGUCAUUGCGACAGGCAGUGUGGAUCUCAAUGUUCGGAUAUUCGCCUCUUAGAAAUGCAUGCAGAGAAGAGAAAAGGUCAGGGUGCCGUUUGAUUCUGCAAACACCUGGCGCUGGUUCAGGAGACCUCACUACUUCUCUUCCGGCGCUCACGAGUCUGAGCUAGUUAAUACCCCAUCUUUCGGACGAAGGUUCGCCAACGUUCCGUUUUACGUUCCCGUACCUUCCUGUCUUUCUUAUGGCAUCCCCGUUCAGCAUACCCCUUCUUUGGUGAUCCUUUUCAGGCGGUGCGACUCGGCGUUGGGGUUCAGGUCAAAUCUCAAGAUCUAAAUGGCAAGUUACUGGGCUUCGGUAUGAUAGACUCGCUGUACUGUUGACCUAUGCUGCCCCGCAGAUACUUUUAAUCAUAUGCGUCGACACUGCUC